GAGGGCGAAGUCGCGCGCCUGCGCGAGUGCACCAAGGCUGCGGCGGUCGAGGUCUCCCGUCUCCGAGCGCAGGCGGCGGAGAAGGAGUACGAAGCGUCCCAGCUUGAGAAACAGAUCCGCCGCCUCGAGCGCAAGAUCGCUGCUUUGGAAAGCCCGAGCGCUUCCUGCGUGUCGCGAGGCUUUCUGAACACUGGCAGCAAAGCCGCAUCGGCUGCAGACAAGGCAGCCCCGACGCCUGCCAACCCGGCCGCCGCAAAGCCUGCGCAGCCGCGUGCCGGCGCUAUCAUCGAUUCCACAGGGCGGGAGGUGAACCCGCUGACGUUCUGGGGAGAGGAGAAGGAGCAGUCCAACCUUCUCUUGCGGGAUGCUGGCGCUGAGGCCUCCCUGAUGGCGGCGAUGCGUUCGCCACCGGAGACCAACGAUGCGUUCGACACCGCCAAGUACUCGCAGCUGUUAGUCGCCGGGCGCCGCGAGGAGGCCGAGGCAAUGAUCCAGACCGAGGGAGGUCCGAGCUUGGCCCAGAUGCAGCGGGAGCCUCUCGCGCUGUUGAGGAAGCAUCCCAGCAUGGACCCAAAUUGGAUCGAUAGCAGCUACCACAACUGCUCGCUUCUGCAGUGGGCUUGCUGCAUGGGCUAUGAGGAGGUGGCCAAAGAGCUACUGGCGCGCGGGGCCAACCCCAGCCAUGUCGGCAGCAAAGGGGUAUCCUGCCUCGCGGCCGCCUGUGCCCACAGCUCCGUUCCAUGUGUGGAACUUCUACUGGAGGCCCGGUGCAAUGUCAACGAGGUUGCGGACGACCGAGGACGGCAAUCGCUGAUGAUGUGGGCGGCUCGCAUCGACUAUGUGGACACGGAGGGAACCGCAGCGCCCAACCCUAUCCUGGAGCUGUUGCUGCGGCACCGAGGCGCCGUCGACCAGGUCGAUGACAGAGGGCAGACGGCCCUGAUGCAU